AAAUAAACUACGAUAUGUAAGCAAUAGUUUCAACUGUUUCAACAUAGUUUCAAUGUUUCAAUAGUUUUUUUGUGAGUUUAUCAUGAGUUUAUUUACUUCUAUAUGUUCUCGAGUUAGAACUAUUCACAACAUUAACUAAAUGAGUUCUCAGGGCGAAGUGAAGCCAUUGGGGCGACUUCGGUUCGCUGACAACCGGGAUGCGGGGGUCAUCUUUAACAUGGUCAAUGAGAACAUGAGAAUCAACUUCCGGGUAGAGACGGAAGAUGAUGUGGAUUACCUUAUAUCAACAUCCACACUGACAAUAGUGCAGAUGGAUGAGAAGCAAGACGUGGUUGGCUGUAUGGUGCUGAAGGACUACCCGCUGGCGCCCUCUGUGCACCCGCAGGCUUGGCCGGACUAUAUCUGGACAAAGUUCAAGUGCACAGAGAUGACCCCUCGCAACUCCCUCUUCAUCCACCUGCUGUGCUGGGAGCUGCCGUACGGGCGGCUGGUGGUGGACCGUCUCCUGCGAUCCGUGUUCAUGCACGACCAGUAUGUGCACCAUAUAGCGCAGCUCAAGAUGACGCAGACACAUCUGUUCCUAAACCCGGACUACUCGCUAUCAGAAGGCUCAUUCAGACGCGUGAGCUCUCACGAGAGGGGCAUCGCCCCGGCGCGGCUGCCCUGCCUGUGGAUAGCGGACCGGGACGCCGUGUGCCCCAGACUGAAGAUCCGCAGGGCUGUUGAAGAAGACAACGACGACAUAAUCCCCAUCCUGCACCGGCACACGCCUCGGCUGACGGAGCUGUACGGGGAGUUCUACAUCAGCGAGCUGAUCGCCCGCCACCCCGAGUCUGACCGGGUGUUGCUGGUUUGCGAGCACAAAGAGUUGGCGGUAGGAGUGAUGUGUCUAAACACUCAGAUAAACUAUGCAGAUCUAGAGGAAGCAUACGAUCUGUCUCCCUACGCUGGCCUGAGGAAAAUAACAGGCCACCCUGAUAAAGAUGACUCCAGCUAUAAUAUCAUGGAUAAACUACCAGUAGUUUCGCAAAUGAAUAUAACAGAUGGUUCCAAUUCCCAGAUGUACAUGUCACAUGAAAGAAGGAGUGUUUCGGGUCCAGCUAUUCAGGAUAUAGAUGAUACUGAGGAUGAAGUGGCGGACGACGGGAGGCAGUUGUCAGCAGUUCGCUACGAUUAUUUGAACCUAUUCGAGGACGAGGAAGAUGUGGAUUUCGACAUAGUCAAUAUUGACACCAACCUACUGCGGGUGCCGGUCAUGAUAACUGAAGGGUCGGAUAAUUUUGGUAUUUCGGAUUUCAUCGUGAGGUCUUUGCCGGACUCACCUACAGACUCGGAGGGCAUUAUUACGAAUAGACCUAAAAAGCAAACGAUAGCGGGCCUAGACCGUCUCAACAGUCGAGUACAUACGGUCCGCUACACGGGCGCGCCCAACGCUUUCAUCCUCGAACUGUUCGCCGUGCAGACUGGCUACGAUGAGAGAUAUGGUUUUGAUAUGCUGGAGGUGGCAUUUGAGUUGUUUCCUGACAGAGACUAUUGCAUAAUUUGUCUGCCUUCUGAUAAUGUUGCUUUUCCUCUUUUAGAACAUUUUACGCUGGUGACUCCAUUCAGCUGCAAGCCAAAGUUUUUAAACCAAACCCUGUAUGUCGCCCACGUCAACUCUAUACGAGGCAAUCUCCGCGUGCGGGCAGGAGAACCGUACGACUUGUGUCACAUAGCAGACAUCUUGGAGCAUGUUCCCAAGUCGAUGCCGGUGUUCAAGCUGUUCCAAGCGAGUCUGACCGCCAACAGGCUCAAGUCGUAUGUGCUGCUCAGCGAGAACCAGCCCGUCGGCAUGGUGGUGCUUGGGCCCCUCGACGACUCUUCUAUAUUCCGUGCGAAGUACACCUUGAACCCGGCGCCGCAUCGACAAGGAAACGACGGAGCUAUCCUGGCUGGCGUGGUGUCCCCCGUGUUCGAGCCGCACGCUCGCUGGCUGCUGCGCGAGGUGAUCCGACACUCCAUGUUCAGCACCCUGUUCUGGAUCAACCGCACCUGCUGCAAGGCCGAUACGCAUCCCCAGAGUCCGGAGCGCAACCUCAUGUCUCUAGCGAGUCGCAUGGUGCACGUGCGGGGGCGCCGCGCCACGCCCAACCUGACAGGGCUCAAAGAGCUGGAUGUCUAUUUUAAGGAUGAACUGUACGCCCCAGCCGUGUGGAUGAUCGACCGGCCACUCUGCAGCGUGCCUAAAGUGGACGUGAACAACAACAUCGUGGUGGUGGGCGCCAGCCGCACCGGCAUCGCCUUCCUCGAAGAUUUGCUUAUGGGUCCAUCCUCAUCAUACCUCACCUUCACGAACGUGACGCUAGUGUCUGAGCACGGUCUCCGCCACGUGGCGGAGUGUCUGCGCGCGGCGGAGACCUGCGCGCCGCGGGGGGGGCGGUACCACGAGCGGUACCUGCACAGCCUGCCCCUCUCGCACUACCUGGACGUGGUACCCAGUGUCAUGACCAAGAUUGACAGACAGCAAAAAUGCAUCCACCUAAAAAGCGGGGCCGUGAAAUACUACGAUACGCUCGUGUUGACUUGCGGGAGACAGUUCCAACACCCCGAGUAUCUCAAGAACUACAUGGAUAGGGAGAAAGACGCUUUCAAGGAGAAGAAGUGCCAUCACAAGCAGAUGGGCUCCGCGCACUACCGUCCCGAACAGCCGCCGCCGUCGCCAGAGUUACCAGACAACGUCAUGCUCAUCAACUCACUGUGUGUCGCCAACAAGUGUCUGAAGAAACUCGUGCGCAUGAUCAGCGAUCUUAAGAACACAAACCGCUGCAUAUCCCCACAAAACGGCAUCGUGGUUUACGGGGAGUGCAUAGAGGCGUACAGCUGCAUGUCUGCUCUGCUGGAGCUCGGGCUAGCGGCUGAUCUCAUCAGCUUCGUGGAGCCCCCAGCGGACGCCUGGCCGCGGGUCAACUGCUUCAAUGAUGAGAUUGUAGAUGAAAGAGUCCAAGACAGCAUAGCCAAGAUCGGUAUAACAGUAUACCGAAAGUAUCGACUGACGAAAUGGAAUGUUCUACACCACAACGUGAAGUCAGUGACGCUUAUGUCUCACAUGAAACGCUUCAAACUUCCCUGCUUCGCUCUGUUUUAUUAUGGAACGAAGGGAUUGGAUAUUAAUGCUUUCAAAGCAAUAAACGAGUGCGGGCUGGUAUACUCGGGCGGAGUGGUGAUCAACGCGUCGUGUGAGACCAACGACCCGCACAUCCUCGCGGCCGGCCCGUGCACGCGCUACUCUCGCCGACUGUACGCCGAGAGCCGAAUGCACCAGUACUACUAUCCCGAGGAUGUCGGCGCCGCGUUGGCGAAGCUACUCCUGAGGAGAUUAGAUCCUUUCGUUUUGACGAAUGAGGACAGCGACAUGCACAGAAGCAGUUCAGUCAUCGCUGGAUACAGCUCCAGUUUAAUUUUGUUUUUAAGUUCUCACUUUAGUGUCAAUAAACUGCCGAGUGACCCAAAUCAGUCUCGAGGUUUACAAUGUUGGCACCCUGUACCAAGGUUCCAUUCUCCUGUCUAUGUAUCGGCCACGAUGCCGGGUCCUCUGUACUACAUGCUAGUGCGGAAACCAGGACCUAUCAUACCUUUUGAAGCGGCUAUGGCUUUGCCAUAUCAGGGCCACAGCCUAGAGACAGACAAGGACGGCAACUACUUCCGUCUCAAGCUGGACUGUCUGCACGCGGUACAAGGGGUGACGUGUCUCUCCAGGCGGCCCUUCCCCGCGGAGCUGUGGCCGCGACUGUACGGCCGGCACGAGGCGUUCUACCACCAUGUUGUGUAUCGAUUUAAGGCAAAUCGCAUAGAUGACUUCUACUCGUACUUCACCCAGCCGUGGAUGUCGGCGCUGUACCAGGAUAGCUUCGAACUGAUGCUGGAGGAUCUGAACUGCUACCAGCUGCAAACUGUAUACAGCAGGAUACGCAUGUUCAUGACGCAAAUUGAAAAAGAAAGAAAGAAAUGCUGUGAAGAAUCGAAAAGAGCCGAGUCCAUUGAACAUAGACACAGCGAUUCGUCACGGCGAUUUACCGAACCGAAGAAUCCUUCGCGCUUCCAGAGCAUAUUAGAUGAGUUACCACCUGCGCUUGAAUGCAAAUCAGAGAGUAUGCCUGAUGAGAAAGACAGCUUUGAUAAGUGCGGUCAACAUGCGAAGAUUCGCAGCGCGGCGAAUGAAAUCUGGGUGGAAGAAGAUGGCUCCAGAGUGGUGAUGUCCGAAAUUGCUAAAUAUCUGGAGGCCCACAGUUUGACCAACGCGCACUACGCCAAGCCCGACCCGACACUCACUUUCUUGCCGCGACUUUAGUAUAGCAAUUAGCAGUGUAUCAUUUAUACUGAAAAUAUAAGUAAGUAUCUGUAACAUUGAGUUUGCAAUUAUGAAGUUGGCUAUUUAAAAACUUAGCAAUCUAUUGGCCAUUGUCAAGUUUUAUGCCUAUAGGAGUUUACACGAAAGUCGCGUUUAUCUUAUUCGAAAACGCCAUGUUGCUAAUAUAUUUUUUGUUUAUGGUUUUUAUGUUGAAUUAGAAUAAAAUAAUGGUCUCAACUAA